AUGAAAAUACAAAUGAAGGUAUUUAAGUUUCUAAUAUUGUUUUUAAUUUUUAAAUUAUCACAUGUCUUUUCUACACCAAUACCUGACCCAUUGGAUUUCAUUUAUGUUUGUCUUUAUGAUACCGAAUGUGAUUUAAGAUUAAAACUCAAUUAUAAACCAAAAAACGCCUAUAUAAACUUUUCUGAUAACUGCUUUAAAAAUGAAAAAACUGAAAAAUUCGAUCUUAUAUUUGAUGACGUAACAGAUGUACCACCUGACCCGCCUAAGCUAAAAUUAAACUAUUAUAAAGCACUUUUUAAGCGCGAUAAUUGGCACCUUCCAAAAGGAAGAAUAUGUUUAGACAAUCGACCUAAAAAAUCCAAUAGUUAUGAAGACAAACAUAUUUACUUUAUAAGACUUUCUACAUUUUAUUCAAUCGACGAUAAUAACGAUUUAGGGAUAAUUUUGGGUAACUAUGAUCAAAAACGUGUAAAACUUGUAGUUUCUAAGAAGUAUGAAUAUAGAAAUCCUACUGAAACUCUAAAUUUUACAUUAUGUAACAAUAAACUUGUUUCAUAUGUCUCCUUAAACAGUUUCAUAGAACAAUCUGACCCAUUCAGUGUUGUUUACAUUUUUCUUUUUUUCGAGAACGAUACUAACCUUCCUACAUUGUUGUACAGAAUAACUGUAUUUAAUCAUAGUAACAUAUCUUCUUUUGAACAUAAGGUACUUGACAAACAUAUCCUCGCAGAAAUAAAAUUAAAAAAUCCGAAACCUUUUAAUGAAGGUGAUCAUAUGUGGAAGCUUUCUAGUGACAAAUUUUUCUUAAGUGCUCAGUCUGCUGAAGAUAUUGACGGACUCCCGAGCAGGUGCGGAGAUAAAAAUUUACAGUGGAAGAUAGAACACAUAUUUCAUAAAAUAACUCCUGAAGGAAUUAUAUUUCUACUUCCAUUAGAUCUUUACGGCAAAAAGGUGAGAAUAUGUGCCUCAUUCAAAGGUGACAAAUCUCCAGAACACAAAAUACCUCUUUAUACUUUUGAGGUAAAUGAUAAAACCUCUGGAUACUUUAAAAAUGUAUUCUAUUCAAACCCAAUGGGAAUAGCAGAAAUUACCUUAAAUUCAGAUUUUCACCCACUGAGUGAAAUAAUGUUAGUUCACGCUUGUGAUUUAGAGGAUAAUUCGGCAGUAUCUAGAGUAGCCGACUCAAAAGUACCUAGGUCAGUAUUCGAUAUCCAGAAUUGCAGUAAUGAUGACCAUAAAAUCGGUCACAACACCGUCCUCACAAAAUAUAAUUUUAAUUUGUCAUAUAACACAGAUGAUCUAUACCGUUCAUUAUACUACAAAAAUGUUCUUUUUGAUGAUUUUAUUCCAAAUAAACUUGUAUAUUUACCAGACAAGAGUAUUAAAUCCGCCUCUGGAACCAAAUGGAUUAAAUAUAGUAUGUUUUUGCCCAGAUUGUACGUGGAUAACCGUUACCCAUAUGUAAUUCUAGCCUGUGACCGUUGGAAGCAUACAUUUUGCUUUACAGAAGAUCAGUUUGAUUCAGUUAUGGGAAUAGUUUACCCAUCAAAAAGAAGCUUUUUAGAAAUUAAAGCAAAAUGGGAGGAUGGAGAUAUGAUAGCCGAAAUCAAAACUAGUUCUUCAGAACAAUUUUUAGUUAAACUAAUUAUGUCAAGAAACAGUCAGUAUACAGACUACCAAACAAUAUGCAAUGACAGAAAGGGAGUUUAUCCACAUUCAUAUAGUCAUAGAGUUAAAGACUCAUGGAAAUAUUAUACCAACACUUUUAAGGGAUUAACACCAGGUAAAAUAUAUUACGUUUGUUUAAUAAAUCCUAAAUCACACAAAGAACUUUCACAAAAAAUUACCGAAAUGCAUUCAAAACAAACUACCUUACCUGAUAAAAUUAUAGAAUUUGAUGUGAAAUAUGAAGUAUCUUGGGACUUUAUCGGAAUAAUUAAUACCCAAACACCUCUUUCCGGCACGCAUUUUAUAAUCAAUAGACAGAAUGACGCGAUUAAGAUCCUGGUCCCAACAACAGGAUUCCCUGGUGUUACUUAUUCUGUGAGAUUUUUCUUUUCAAAUGACUUCUCAUUUAAUUGUAAAAUGCUUAAACCAACAGAAUUAACCAACAUAUCUACAUCUGCAAAUCAGUACUCAAGUUUCAUAACCUUUGUUACAGAAAAUUACACAUACAAAGAACAGAUAAGUGAAUCUAGAGACCAGGGAGGAUUUUGGCUCCCUAAUGAUGGGCGUCGUUGGAUUUCAUUUGGAAAUUAUAUUAGUUAUUUUGGUGAAUUUACACCGAAAGAUAGAAUUUACAAAGUAUGUUCAUGUGUACAGAAGGGUUGCUAUUUCGCAGGAAUUGCAUCUGAAUCUAAAAUGCAGUCUUUAGAACUUAAUCAAAUUAUUAAGUCUAAUGAUUUUUAUGGUAGAUUUAUAUAUGGAGUUCGUAUUUGCUUUUAUAAUAAGAGGAAACUAUCAUGUUUUACACAGACUGAUAAUCUUGAAACUUCAUUCAAAUCUGUUGUCAAAAUAAAUGUACCACUAGUUCAAAUCAAUCACAUAUCAUUUGACGAAGAAAAUAAACUAAUGUGCUUAUUAUCACCAAAUUCAGUCUAUGUAUACGAAGAUGGGCCAGAACCAAGAAUUAUCAUUUCUGGAAUACAUAACAUGGAAAUGAUGUUCUCAUUUUCAGAUGCUACAUUUUUCUUAUCUUCAGAACAUGUUUAUGUUUCUACUGGUGAAUCAAGAAUCGGGCAUUUGAUAAGCGCCGAAAUAGCUGGCCCAAAAGUGGAAGAGACAAAAACUAUAAAAUUCAAUAAAGAACUUCAGGAGUUGGGUUCUAUACAAAUUCCACCACAUCAUGAUAUCAAAAACGUAUAUAUUUAUAAGGUGUCUGAUAAAAUUUAUUCAUGUUUUCUGAUAACUGAAGAUUUGUCUUUGGAUUAUUAUAAAAUAGAACUUGAUUUUGAAAGUAAAAAAACCCACCUUGCCAAAAAGGUCGAUGCCAUUGAUGUUAAAGAUUUUUUCCCUGGAGUAACGCAUGGAGUUAGAUUAAACGUAUCAACCAGAACCGUGGCUAAUCAGGACCGGUUUAUUAUAUUUCUGAGUCAUCAAGAAUCUGAUGAAAUCAAGGUUUUUUAUCUAGAUGACCAUAAAAUAAAGUACUAUUCAAUUGUAACAAGUAUUCCUGGAACCAUAGAUUUUAUAACAACAAAAACCCAUAUUAUGUCAUUGAACACCAUUUCCUUUGAAAACCAGUUUCUCCAAUAUGUUAUUCAGAUAGAGUACGACAACUUGCUUGAAGUUUCAGUAAAAUAUCCAGAAUUAACUGAUCUUAGGUUCAACAUUGAGUAUUCCCUUCAACCAGAAAUAUCAAAUGGCAUACCAUUGAGGUUUUAUAUAUCUAAAUAUACUGAAGAUGACAACGUUGCAGAAGAAGAAAUACCAAAUACAGGAUUAAAAUUGAACCGUUCAACAGGAGAAAUUUCCGGAACAUGUCGUUUUAGAGGAUACUAUGAAGUAGUUAUUCACGUAGAUUUUCUACUCGGUAAGACCUCGGUACCUCUUAAACUAAUUUCGAGGUGCCCGCUUGGAUAUGAGUACUCUCCAGCAUUUAGAGAGUGCUCCGAAUGCCAAAUAGGAUUUUAUAGACAUAUUUUAACCCUAGAUACCUGUUUAAGAUGUGAAGAUUAUAUGCCUAAUACGACAACGAAAGGUGUAGCUUCAUCUAGUCCUCUGGAUUGUCUUUGUAAACCCGGAUUUUAUAGCAAUACCAAAACAUGUAUCAAGUGCCCAGAAGGAAAGUAUAAUGACGAGCUAGGAGCAAUUUCUUGUGAUAAAACAUGUCUACCAAAUCAAAUUAGUUCUGUGGUAGGAGCUUCAUCACGUGAAGAGCUAAAAUGUAUAUGUAUUCCUGGUUACUUUGAUAAGAAUGGACAAUGCGAAGAAUGCCAGCAGGGAACUUACUGUCCAGGAAAAAAUGUAGUUUAUAAUUGUCCAGAAAAUACCUCUACAUUAGGACCUCGAAGCACAUCAAUAAGUGAAUGUCUCUGUAACCCAGGUUAUGAAUUAACAGAAGAUGGGUGCAAACCUUGUAACAUUUAUUCCUACAAAUCAGCCAUUUCAAAUGAAAAAUGUACUUUGUGUUCUUCAGACACUCCAGAAGGUGUUUAUGCAUACACUAAGAGCCCAGGAUCAACAAGUAAAUAUCAAUGCAGAAAUUGUAUGCCUGGCUUUUAUUUCAACGGAACAUCUUGCGUUCAAUGCCCAGAUAAAUCAUUCUGUAAAGGAUUUAAUUUCGAUCCAAUAUCAUGUGGAGCCAACUCAAUAGUUACUAAAAGUAUUUUACACAAUUAA